AAACAAUAAACCAGCACCGGAACUACUCUUCGAGUCAGAAGAGCUACCCGACCAUAACAGUAGAGACAGCCACGUCGUAAGAAGUCAGGUAAAGAGAUAAGUAAGGUCAGGAGAGCUACCCGACCAGUGGAGACAGCCACGUCGUACGAAGUCGGGUAAAGAGAUAAUUAGGGUCAGGAGGGGCGGAGAGCUACCCGACCAGUAGAGACAGCGUCAGUCCUCUUGAAGAUUUGAAUAACAUAUGGAGGAACUGCUGAGACAACAGCUAUGAUUCCACGUUCUUGUCGAUCCUAUCUCUACCAAAUUGGUAGUAGGAACAUCCGGGCAGCCAUUUUGUUCAUCGUUGCUGUAGCGAUUCUGCUGGCUGCCAGGGAUUAUCUUCAUAGCCCUGGAAAAGUUCCUUAUAAGACACAGAAAGUGAUGAAGUGGAACCCAGCACAUAACAAGGACCUGUUCCUCAUUCCAGCAGUGCGACCCAAAGUUCAUCAUGUUAAACCUAUAGACAAGAGCGAAGUUAUGGCCAAACUAGCCCAGGCCAGAGGGCCUCUGGAACACCCACUGCUGGCACUCCAGAGUCACGUGGGGCAGGUCCAGAAGUCCAAGGAGGACGAGGCCAUGGUGGAGUAUAUAGCCACAAAGACUAAGGUGGAAAUUGGGGUCCUGACCAAUAUGGAGGAUGAUUGGACGUGUUGGUUACAGGUAACACUGACAAACACUGGGAAGGCGACUAUUUCGUAUGGACACUGGGAGAUAUACUUCCAUUCCAUUCGCUUCCUGCAGAUAAAGGAUCGUCCAUACCCAUCAGGUAUUCUCAUCAAAGACACUGCGUUCCGUUUAUUUCACGUGCAAGGGUCGCUGUACCGCCUCGUCCCUGAGAACGGAUUAUUCAUCAACUGGCCUGCGGGUAAAGAAAUAACACUUCACCUGGAAGCCAAGGCUUUCUUGAUCUCACGAUCUGACUUCUUCCCUAAUUGGUACGUAACUGCACCAAAAGUUAAACCCCUCCUUAUCCAAUCCACAGUUGACGGCAAUCUCUCGUUCGUCCAACCGUUUGACACGUCUAGUAAAUGGAAGAGAAAUAAACAAGACCAAUAUAAUCCAUUUACCGCCGAGGAUCGAUUCAAUCGGAAUUUAGUAAUACGAGACCUUGGACAUCAGGGAUCCUACGUCACCCCAACGCCCGUCCAGGUCAGCUUUGAUCCGAUAACAAAGGUUGUUAUGGAUACGAAGACUUGGCAGAUUUUCCACAAUGGAAAGUUCUCAAAGGAAAUCAACUACCUAGCAGAUCUGUUUAAAAUGGAGGUGAGCAGUGUCCAGCCGUUGUCUAAAUACAUACAGAUUGUGGAGAAGAAGGUUUUCCCUUUGAAGCAUGCCCCAACUACAGUGAAGGAAGCGUACACAGUGGAGGUGACCCCAGACGUCGUGACCUUAGCAGCCAGUGACACGGCCGGAGCAUUUUAUGCGGCUGUCACUCUCUAUAGUUUGACAAACCGUGUCAAUACAGGACUGUGGGAAGUGCCGGUCGGUAAGGUCAUAGAUCAACCUCGUUUUCGACAUCGUGGUCUGCAUUUGGAUGUUGCACGGAACUUCCGGCGUAAAGAUGAAAUAUUGCGUCUUUUGGAUGUCAUGGCCAUUUACAAGUUGAACAAACUUCAUCUUCAUCUGUCAGAUGACGAGGGGUGGAGAAUAGAAAUACUAGGUCUUCCGGAGCUCACUCAGGUUGGGUCGAGACGUUGCCAUGGUGACAGUAAGUGCCUGUUCCCCCAGCUUGGGUCUGGCCCUGAGGCCGAGUACCCGGGCACCGGGUACUACACCGUCAAUGACUACUGUGAAAUCCUGAGACAUGCUGAUGCUCUACACAUUCAGAUCAUCCCCGAGAUCGACAUGCCGGGACAUAGCCAAGCCGCCAUUAAGGCUAUGGAGGUCCGUUACUACGACCUUCAGGAGAAAGGUCGUGGACUGGAGGCUCGACAGUACCUUCUCAGUGACCUCUCGGACAAGUCGGAUUACUUGUCUGUACAGUCCUUCAAAAAUUCAGCUAUAAAUCCGUGUCUGGAGUCCACAUAUAGUUUCCUACAUCAUGUGAUCAUGUCUCUGAAAGCCUUGCACUCCGAUAUUCAACCUCUGACCUUUUACCACUUCGGAGGUGAUGAGGUCCCAAAGGGGGCCUGGGUCAAUUCCAGCGCCUGUGACACCAGCUCUCUACAGCCAGAUGUACACAAUAUGCAGAAAUGGAAAGAGUACUUCCUGAAGCGGAUUUUUAAGAUGGCGGAACAGGAAAAUCUAAAACUGGGUGUGUGGGAGGACGGUAUUAUAGACCAGAACACGACGGAACCAUACAACAACAAUCUACUGGGCGCCAUGUCAGGGAAUGUCUUCACUUACCCCUGGAAUAACAAGUGGGAGUACGGAAUGGGGAACGAGGCCUACAAACUCGCCAACGCAGGUUACAAGGUCGUGAUGUCACUGGGGACUCACCUGUACUUCGACCAUUCCCAUGAACCGGAUCCUGAAGAAGUCGGGCUCUACUGGGCAACACGCUUCAUCGACUUGCACCAUGUGUUUUCCUUCACCCCUGAGCAGAUCUACUGGAAUGCAGAACUGUCAGGCAUGGGAGAACCACUCAAUAAGGAUCAGAUCUGUAACUCGAGAGAGUGUCUUACACUCCAGAAACCUGAAAACAUUGUCGGUAUGGAGUGCCACCUAUGGGGAGAAUUGUUGAGAUCACGUGACAUCACAGAUCACCAAAUGUUUCCUCGGGUCAUAGCAAUGGCCGAGAGAGCAUGGCACCAAGCUGUGUGGGAGAGCGAGGGUGACGUGGCGGCAAGGCGGACACAAACGGACGCUGAUUGGCUGAGAUUUGCCAACACCAUUGGGUACAAGGAAUAUCCUUACCUAGACAGUCUCGGUAUCAAAUACAGAAUUCCACCUCCAGGGGCUGUUGUGCAGGAAAGGAAACUGCUGGUGAACAGUGAAGCUCCUGGUCUCGAGAUCCAGUACAGCCUCGACUUCGGGAAAACGUGGCGCGACGCGAGGGGAGGGCCAGAACUAACAGGGGAUGCUACCAUCUUCUUGAGGACAAUGUCAACAGACAAGACAAGAUGGAGUCGAAUUAUCAAGCUCCAGUAUGACCAUGAUCAGGUCAAGGUUAAACAGAGGGCUAUGGAUGGACAAAUUAAGGAGUCAGCUCAGCAACAAAAGGGCAUAGAAUUGGGACCAUCUCAACAACAGAUUGGACAGGGAAAAUCUCAACAGCAAAUUAUGCCAGGACAAUCUCAACAACAGAUUGGACAGGGGAAAUCUCAAAAGCAAAUUAUACCAGAACAAUCUCAACAACUGAUUGGACAGGGGAAAUAUCAAAAGCAAAUUGUACCAGAACAAUCUCUACAACUGAUUGGACAGGGGAAAUCUCAAAAGCAAACUGUACCAGAACAAUCUCAACAACAGAUUGGACAGGGAAAAUCUCAACAGCAAAUUGUACCAGAACAAUCUCAACAACAGAUUGGACAGGGAAAAUCUCAUCAACCAAUUGUACCUGAACAAUCUCAACGACAGAUUGGACAGGGGAAAUAUCAAAAGCAAAUUGUACCAGAACAAUCACAACAACUGAUUGGACAGGGGAAAUCUCAAAAGCAAACUGUACCAGAACAAUCUCAACAACAGAUUGGACAAGGAAAAUCUCGACAGCAAAUAGUUCUGGGACAAUCUCAACAGCAAAUAGUGCCGGGUCAAUUUACGCAGCAGGUUAGACAGGGAAAACCAAUUUUACCAGGACAACCUAAGAUGCUUCGACAACAACAAGCUGGACAGCAAAUUCCUGAUGAAGCAUCAAAACAACAGAUACAGUUGAAGGUUUUACAGGAAAAUGUCGAUGCUGUAAUAAAGAUGCACAUAAAGGGGAAAACGUCGGCAGAAUCUAACCUCAAAGUGAAUACUAAGUUGUCAAAUGUCAGGGAGAGUUCAUCUGAAACAAAGCAAAUCGAUAAAUUGCUAGAGCAACAACUUCACGAAGCGAACCUUCGUGCUGUCCAAGGCAAGUCAAAGGAAACCUUGGAGAGGAGACCAGAUAUGGCUACGGACAAUAAACCCUUGGAAUCUGUUAAAAUCCAGCAAGGGGUGGUGGACAGUGUCGCAGAAACUCGAGGGAAAUUACUCAGGUCGAGAGAUAAAACUGGAAACCAGUUCAAUAGAAAUUCUCAAAAGUUUAUAAAAACAAUGAUGGAUAAAGUUGGAAGGCAACAAUAGAUGAACUCUUUUGUAGGUAGCUACUGUUAUAAGUGUUGCUAGGGGAGACUUCUUAUAAUAACCAUGGAGCCCCUUUAAACCUUGGUAACCAUGGAACCCCAUUAAACCUUGGUAACCAUGGAACCCCAUUAAACCAUGGUAACCAUGGAACACCAUUUAACCAAGGUAACCAUGGAACCCCAUUAAACCUUGGUAACCAUGGAACCCCAUUAAACCAUGGUAACCAUGCAACACCAUUUAACCAUGGUAACUAUGGAACACCAUUAAACAUGUAUCUAGAGUCAAUAACCAUGGAAACAUCUCAAUACAGGUACUUUGAGAAGUUGAUUUCCAAAAUCACAGUAAAAUUACUGCAUUUAAUUGGGAAAUGUUUUUUUUACUCUUUAAUGGGACUAAACUUUGAUAAUUUCAUAGGAUUGGACUUUCCACUUCCGAUCUAUGUUUGGGUAACUGGUGUGUGUCUGCUACUGAUGUCGUGUGUGUGUUUUAACUGCUGUAGAUAUUUGUUGUGACCGUAAGCAUUUUGUUGAGUUUGAUUUUGAGGUGUGUACAUGUAUGUGUGAUCAGAGAGGAGGUGUAUCUAUAACAGGGUGUACAUAUCAUUAUUAGAUUUUUCCGAUCAAAUGUUUAUUAAGGAUGUAUGGUAAGUAAACAAAUCGUUUAGAAAUUUACAUAUCUAUUCUUCAUAUCUAUGCAUUGUACAUAUCAUUGAAAUAAUGUAACUAAAUCAUAUGAAGACACUACAAAACAGUAAUAAAAUGUAACUAAAACGUAUCUACACACUGAACAUAUCAGUAACAAAAUGUAACUCAAACAUAUCUACACACUGAACAUAUCAGUAACAANUUACUAAAACAUAUCUAGUUAUCUAUACACUGAACAUAUCAGUAACAAAAUGUUACUCAAACAUAUUUAGUUAUCUACA